GACCAGGACCAUUUGACAUUCGCAAAGAUGUACACGUCGAUGCUACUCAGAGGCGCUCCCCGCCGGGCAUUCGCGCCCACACUGAGAUACAUGGCGUCCUCACCGUCGUCGCAGCCCCCGCCGACGUCGCCUAAUUCCAAGUCCAAACCGCCAUUGCCACCGGGUCCGACGUCGACGCUGCCCUCUGCGAGUACCUCUGUCUUGCCUAGCCUCGACUUUCAGCCUGCAGAACCUGGUGCGGACGAGGGAAGGACAGGCGCAAAGUCGUCGAAAGACUCGCUGUCGUCUAUUGAGCGGAAACGGCGGUUUAUGGGUCGAUUGACUGCUGGGAUGAUUCUGAUUGGGUUCGGUGUUCAAGCUGCGUACAUGGGCCGGGAUUGGAGUGAGGAGGAGAUGCAGACUCGGAAGGUGAAAAUCGAGGACGCCCCUUCGACGCGAUGGACACGCACAAAGACUAGGUUUGUUGAGAUAUUUGAUUAUUUCAAUAAGCCUAUCUGGACCGAGCUCUUACCCCCGCCUCUCCCCGCACCUCAUCAGAAGCCAUACACACUUCUCCUUUCCAUGGAUGACCUCCUGAUAACUUCAACUUGGGAUCGUCAACACGGGUGGCGGACCGCAAAACGACCAGGGGUCGACUAUUUCCUCGCAUAUCUAUCUCAGUUUUAUGAAGUCGUCAUUUUCACCACACAACAUCACUACACUGCACUCCCCAUAAUUGAAAAACUCGACCCUUACAAUUUCUUUAUCAACUACAAGCUCUUCCGUGAGGCUACGCGGUCCGUAAAUGGAAAGAUCGUAAAGGACCUUUCUUACCUAAACCGUGACCUCUCAAAAGUCAUCCUGCUAGAUACGCAUGAAGAGCAUGUAUCAUCUCAUCCCGAAAAUGCCAUCAUACUUCCCAAGUGGAUAGGUGACCACCGAGAUCGAGGUCUCGUAGCUAUGAUUCCGUUCCUUGAAUCUAUCGGCAUUUAUAAACCCCAGGACGUGCGCCCCAUACUCGAGGCAUAUCAUGGGAAGGACAUCCCGAUCGAGUAUGCCAAGAAGGAGGUUGAGGCAAAGCAGAAACAUAUAGACGAGUGGAAAGGCAGGGCGACAGGCUUAUCAAGCGGUGGAUUCAGGCUCAGCGCACUUUUGGGUGGGGGCUCAGAUGGAGCUUCCUCGUCGCCUAUACCUCCCACCUACCUCGAACAGAAGCGUAAAGAGGCACAAGCUCUGUACAGGGAAGAGCAGGCGUACAUUGAAAAGAACAAGGGCGAGUUUGAGCGACUGCUGGAGCUGGACAGAGAGGCGAUGGCAAAGGAGAUGUCAGGAUCGCUUUGGACUAUGAUUGACUCGAUGGCAGGGAAUAAGCCGGAAGGAGGUGCAACAACUGUUGCUGCUCCUACAGGAUACACCGCUACGGAACAGCCGAAGGCAGCGUCGGCUUAGGAGCUAUGUUAAUACUUAAUGCACUCGUCAUCAUGAGAAAUGUUUAUAUACUAAUGCAUGGUUAUUACUCCACUCA